GCCCCGGAAGCAGCGGCCCCGGGGAGGGGUGGGGGAAAUAGCGGCGGCCCCGGCCCUCUGAGAGAGCGCAGGAAGGGAGGGCGGGAGGGUGCGGGGGGCCGACCCCCGGCCGUGCCACCGCGAUGGGCCCAGCCUCCCACUCCCACCGCCCCUCCACCGGCCGGGGCUAGGACGCCCCCCGGUCCUGUCGCCCCCCUGGCACCGACACCCCGACAGAGAGAGACAGAGACACAGCCAGCCGCCUCCACCGCUGCCGCAGCCUGGCUGGGGAGGGGGCCGGCCCCCCAGGCCCCCCGCCCCUCUGAGGUGGCCAGGAUGGAGCUGUGGCCCGGGGCAUGGACAGUGCUGCUGCUGCUGCUGCUGCUCCUGCUGCCCACGCUGUGGUUCUGCGCUCCCAGUGCCAAGUACUUCUUCAAGAUGGCCUUUUACAACGGCUGGAUCCUCUUCCUGGCUGUGCUUGCCAUCCCCGUGUGCGCUGUACGGGGACGCAACGUGGAGAACAUGAAGAUUCUGCGUCUCAUGCUGCUGCACCUCAAAUACCUGUACGGGAUCCGAGUGGAGGUGCGGGGGACUCACCACUUCCCCGCCUCGCAGCCCUACGUGGUGGUCUCCAACCACCAAAGCUCCCUCGACCUGCUCGGGAUGAUGGAGGUCCUGCCAGGCCGCUGCGUGCCCAUUGCCAAGCGCGAGCUGCUGUGGGCAGGCUCCGCCGGGCUGGCCUGCUGGCUGGCCGGAGUCAUCUUCAUCGACCGGAAGCGCACAGGGGAUGCCAUCAGCGUUAUGUCUGAGGUGGCCCAGACCCUGCUCACUCAGGACGUGAGAGUCUGGGUGUUUCCCGAAGGGACGAGAAACCACAAUGGCUCCAUGCUGCCCUUCAAGCGUGGUGCCUUCCACCUCGCAGUGCAGGCCCAGGUUCCCAUCGUGCCCAUAGUCAUGUCCUCGUACCGAGACUUCUACUGCAAGAAAGAGCGCCGCUUUACCUCGGGGCGGUGUCAGGUGCGGGUGCUGCCCCCGGUGCCCACAGAAGGGCUGACCCCAGACGACGUCCCUGCGCUGGCUGACGGAGUCCGGCACUCCAUGCUCACCGUCUUCCAGGACAUCUCCAGCGACAGCCGGGGAGGUGGUGACUGUCUGAAGACGCCUGGGGUGGCGGGCGAGGCCCGGCUCUGAGCUUGGCACCCAUCUGUCCUGCCCCCUCAUACCCAUCACCUCCUUCCUCCAUCCCUGCCCGCCUUUCCUCUCCUCUUUCCAUCUUUGACCUCUGAUGUGAACGUGGACACAGCAGCACUCCUGUCCUCCCUGCCACCCAUGGAUUCCUGCCCUGCCACAGUCUCCACUCUGCCCCUCGCCUCCCCCUCCUCCCAAGUGCUCCUGGGCACAAGGUGGGAGCAUCCAUCUCCCCACCCAGGGGGACUCUCCCUCUAUGCUCCACCUUGGCCAAUGGACUCAUCAGUUCUGUGAAACAAUCUACCCUUUUCCCUAAGUCCCUGGAGGAGGAGGACGCUUAGCCCUGGGGUUGGAAGCUGACACCUGGAGCCCACAUCCUGGGCCGUCCCUCCACCCUGGGAAACCUGUGCCCUGGGGGAAUCUGUGUGGGCACCUCUGCACUCCCUGCUGGUGGAGCCCCACCUGCCAGGUUCUUCGGACUCAAAGGUCUCAUCCCUGCCUUUGCCCUGACGCCCAGGAUCAAACACUUGCUGGGCUGCCAGUUGGGUCACCAAGUUCCUGCUUCCUCCGUCCCAUAGUACAGUUCUUCAGUGGUCCAGACCUGCCCAGCCCCAGCACCAUCCUAAGCAGACCAUGGGGGAGGAGGCAGACUUAGGUGCUGUGCUCACCGCUCCCUGGGGCGCCUUGGGGAAGGAACUGGACUGGCUGGAGGAGAGAGGAGGGACAUUUAAUUUAUUUCUUUGUUUCGAGGCUCCCCCCUCUCGGAGCCAGUUUUGAUUUCCCCGAGGUGGCAACAGCCACUGCCUGCCUCCUGAUGCAGACCUGUUCCCGGGACUCGGGAGGUGGGCUGGGAGCAGGAGAGGGUGGGGCCAGUUUUGCGUGGUUGAUUUUUAUUAAUUAUCUGGAUAACAGCAAGCAAGCAAGAAUAAAGAGAGAAAUGUG